UUGACAGAGCGCGGAGGAAAAAUCCGCGAGAAGGUGGUGGAAGAAGAUGGCGGUGCUGGGGCAGAGUUUGCAAUCUUUUUAAAUAGGCUAGUCGAGUGACUAUUCGGGUCAUGGCGUCAAACUCAACUAAGUCUUUCCUGGCAGAUGCUGGCUAUGGCGAACAGGAGCUGGAUGCUAACUCUGCCCUUAUGGAAUUAGACAAAGGUCUGAGAUCUGGCAAACUUGGUGAACAGUGUGAAGCAGUUGUUCGCUUCCCCAGACUCUUUCAGAAGUAUCCAUUUCCUAUUCUCAUCAAUUCUGCGUUCCUAAAGUUAGCAGAUGUUUUCAGAGUUGGAAACAAUUUCCUGAGGUUGUGUGUUCUUAAAGUUACUCAACAAAGUGAGAAGCAUUUGGAGAAGAUUCUGAAUGUGGAUGAAUUUGUGAAGAGAAUUUUCUCUGUGAUUCACAGUAACGAUCCUGUAGCAAGAGCCAUCACACUCCGGAUGUUGGGAAGCCUGGCAUCAAUAAUUCCUGAGAGGAAGAAUGCUCAUCAUAGUAUUCGUCAGAGUCUGGACUCACAUGAUAACGUAGAAGUCGAAGCUGCUGUUUUUGCUGCUGCAAACUUCUCCGCACAGUCAAAGGAUUUUGCUGUAGGAAUCUGUAACAAAAUCAGUGAAAUGAUUCAAGGUUUAGCCACACCAGUGGACUUGAAACUGAAGUUGAUCCCCAUCCUCCAGCACAUGCACCAUGAUGCGAUCCUGGCGUCCAGCGCACGGCAGCUUUUACAGCAGCUGGUCACAUCCUACCCCUCCACCAAAAUGGUGAUUGUUUCUUUGCACACCUUUACUUUGCUUGCAGCUUCAUCUUUGGUUGAUACACCUAAGCAGAUUCAGCUUCUAUUGCAGUAUUUGAAGAAUGACCCUAGGAAAGCAGUAAAGAGACUUACUAUUCAAGAUCUGAAAUUACUUGCCAAUAAAACACCACACACUUGGAGUAGGGAAAACAUUCAGGCACUCUGUGAAUGUGCCCUCCAGACUCCUUAUGACAGCCUGAAACUCGGGAUGCUGUCUGUCCUUUCCACACUGUCAGGGACCAUUGCCAUCAAACAUUACUUCAGCAUAGCUUCAGGAAAUGUGGGUUCUUCUCCCAGAUCCUCUGACUUGGUCAGAUUAGCCCAAGAGUGCUGUUACCAUAAUAACAGGGGCAUUGCAGCUCAUGGAGUACGAGUCCUAACUAAUAUAACGGUCUCUUGUCAAGAAAAAGACCUUUUGGCACUGGAACAGGAUGCUGUCUUUGGCCUGGAAUCCCUUCUGGUACUUUGUAGUCAAGAUGAUAGUCCAGGUGCUCAAGCCACUUUAAAGAUUGCUCUAAACUGUAUGGUGAAGUUGGCCAAGGGCAGGCCUCACCUUAGCCAGUCAGUGGUUGAGACCUUGUUGACCCAGCUGCACAGUGCUCAGGAUGCUGCGCGGAUCCUGAUGUGCCAUUGCCUGGCGGCCAUUGCCAUGCAGCUGCCGGUGCUGGGUGAUGGCAUGCUUGGGGACCUCAUGGAGCUCUACAAGGUGAUUGGACGAUCAGCCACAGACAAACAACAAGAACUUCUGGUGAGUUUGGCCACUGUGAUUUUUGUGGCCAGUCAGAAAGCACUCUCUGCUGAAGUAAAGGCAGUAAUUAAACAGCAGCUUGAAAGUGUCUCCAAUGGAUGGACUGUGUACCGAAUUGCCAGACAGGCAUCCAGAAUGGGUAACCAUGACAUGGCCAGAGAGCUUUAUCAGAGUUUGCUGACUCAGGUUGCUUCAGAACAUUUCUACUUCUGGCUAAAUAGUCUGAAGGAGUUCUCACAUGCAGAACAGUGCCUCACCGGGUUGCAGGAGGAGAACUAUAGUUCAGCACUUUCUUGCAUUGCUGAGUCUUUAAAAUUCUACCACAAAGGGAUUGCUUCCUUAACAGCUGCCAGUACACCACUGAAUCCUUUAAGUUUUCAGUGUGAAUUUGUAAAACUCAGGAUUGACCUUCUACAAGCCUUCUCUCAACUUAUCUGUACUUGUAAUAGCCUCAAGACAAGCCCCCCACCUGCAAUUGCCACGACAAUUGCCAUGACCUUAGGGAAUGACCUUCAGAGGUGUGGUCGCAUCUCCAAUCAGAUGAAACAGUCCAUGGAAGAAUUCCGAAGCCUUGCUUCCCGAUACGGGGAUCUUUAUCAGGCAUCUUUUGAUGCUGACUCCGCAACGUUGAGGAAUGUGGAACUACAGCAGCAGAGCUGUUUACUGAUAUCUCAUGCAAUAGAAGCCCUGAUUUUGGAUCCAGAAUCAGCAAGUUUCCAGGAAUCUGGAUCUACUGGAGCUGCCCACGCAGACAGUGAAUAUGAGCGGAGAAUGAUGUCUGUAUACAAUCGCGUCUUGGAGGAAGUGGACUCACUCAAUCGGAAAUAUACCCCUGUUUCUUACAUGCAUACAGCAUGCCUCUGCAAUGCCAUCAUUUCCUUGCUGAAAGUUCCUCUUUCGUUUCAGAGAUAUUUUUUCCAGAAACUGCAAUCUACCAGCAUCAAGCUUGCUCUGUCACCGUCGCCCCGGAACCCUGCCGAGCCCAUCGCUGUUCAGAAUAACCAGCAGCUGGCGCUCAAAGUAGAGGGAGUGGUUCAACACGGAUCUAAGCCAGGACUCUUUCGCAAAAUUCAGUCCGUCUGUCUGAAUGUUUCUUCCACGCUACAGAGUAAAUCUGGACAAGACUACAAGAUACCCAUUGACAAUAUGACCAAUGAGAUGGAGCAGAGGGUUGAACCUCAUAAUGAUUACUUCAGUACUCAAUUUCUGUUGAACUUUGCUAUCCUUGGAACACACAACAUUACAGUAGAAUCUUCAGUGAAAGAUGCCAAUGGUAUUGUAUGGAAGACAGGUCCCAGAACUACCAUAUUUGUAAAAUCCCUGGAAGACCCUUAUUCCCAGCAAAUUCGCCUACAACAACAGCAAGCCCAGCAACCAUUACAACAGCAGCAACAACGAAAUGCCUACUCACGGUUUUAGCCACAUGAGGAAUGCACUCCUGGCUUUAUAGGAAUUGAUCAAAUGGGCAAAAAUAAUUUGAUUUUUCAUAUGGAUUCAGAUACGAAAGUUAGAAUGUGGAGUCCAUUUAUUCAUUGGUUUCUAUAAUGUAAUACUCGGGGGGGAAAAAGGGUUUGUUUUUCUUUAGAAAUUUAAUUUGAGAAAUAACUAGGUUCCUAGCCAACAAGAUUUUUUGUCCUUGUUCCUUCUUAAACCAAGUCCUUUAUCAUCUGCCUGACAUUUUCAUUGUUCUAUUAUUGUUUUUAUGUUGCUGAGCCUUUCCUUUCGCUUUCAAGAAAAGUCAUGUAUUGGGAUCACUGCAUUUAUAGAUUUGACUCCCUGUCCACCAAAAUACAUCACUCGCUACCUGGCACAGACCUCUCAUUCUGAGCCAGGCAUUGGGAAAUUCUGACUGGUUAGUACAAAGUUGACCUGUGGUAGCAGAAACCAAGUCCUUCCCUGGAUUGACUUCAGUGUGUCCCCUGAAAUCCAGUUUUCUGGAUUUUGAGAACAUGCAGUCUAGCCGAAUUGAAACAUCCUGCUAUAUUAUUUCAACUACUUCACCUAUCUUUUCUAUGCUAACACAGUCUUAAUUUAUUGUUUUAGUAUUUAAUUGACCUAAAAAAACAGCUAACAAUUACAUACAAAAAUUGGAGAUUAAUCAUUUGUGUUUUCUAGUAUGUGUAUUGUUUUGUUUAUAGUAUAGACUUUUUACAUUAUUUCUAAGAGUGAAAAAACUCACUCACAUGUACCAUCUUAAUUUUUUAAAUUAGGAAGGCAGAUCUUUUGAUUGGUUUGGUUUCUUCUUGGCAGGUUAUGUAAUACCAGACUUGAUUGUCUAGAAAGAACAGCCUCUUUAUAACACAACCUCAAUUAUUUGGGAUGCUCAGGGAAUAGAAGUUUUCUGGUUAGCCAGAAAACCCCUUUUUUUCUAUUUCAAUACUGAUUGAAAACUUAUAAUAAUAAACUUUCUUGUCUUAACACGGUAUACUAGUUGUAAUUUACCUGUUCAUUCUUCAUUUGGGAUCAUUCAGUGCUCGGGAUCAUGGUUUUCUAAACAUCAGGGAUCCUAGGGUUGCAGAUGUUGUUGAUGAUUGGACAGUUGGGCUGUAAGCAGCUCCUAUGAUGAAGCAGGGCACAUUCCCUGGAGGCUUCCUUUUUAAAUAAAUCUCUCAUUUUCUUUGCUUGUGUUUUGCUUUUUUUUUUCUUUAAAGACAACAUUAGCUCAAAGGGGAAAAAAAAAUGAGUUGGUUUUUCUUUUUUCCUUGUCAUGUCACCUCCAGUGGUGAGAAGUGAUUGGCAACUCAGAUUCCUCUGAGAUUGCCUAGCUCCGUGAGCUAUUGUCCCAGCAAAGCACCCUCUCCUGCCAUUGGCCAGAACGUUGUCAUAAAACAUGUAAGUCCCCAGUGUCCACUGAGGAUGCCAUCCCUUUAAAUGCGGCCUGGUUGUGGACUGUGCACGAUGUGGACAGCUGUGACAGCACCUGGGAACACAGGCCCGAGAAAGAAUUGCCAGAGCGGUGCAGAGGAGGUAUGCAGGACCCCUUUCUUUCUCAUCAGGCGUGGAAAAAACUGGACCAGAAAGCACAGGUUGCACUUUUGUUUCUGAUGAAUUAGCUCUGUGACCCGGGGCAAGUUACUUUAUCUCUCUAGAGUGGUUUCUUUGUAAAAUGACUGAAUUAGAUUAGAUCUCUUAACUCCAAUCUAGAGUUUUAUCAGGUGACUAAAAGACUAAAAGACCAAAAAAAGAGCUCUUUUAUGGGGGAAACAAAAAAAUUUUUUUAAAUUCAUUGUCUAUUUUCAGAAUGAAAUUUUAUAAUGUCAAUUUCAGGUUUCUGCUACUAUUUCAAGGCAGAAUUCUCAAGAAAAGAAGCAAAUCUUGUAAGCCACAAAUUCCCCCCAGUUCCCUUUGAGACCUUCCCAGAUUGUAUGUUCUUAAAAGGCUUUUUUGAUAGCUACAGUUAUAAACUCUUUGACUGGAUGGCUCCUGGCACAAACUUGGAAAGGAAUUAUUAAUAAAAACAAAUCCAAAUAGUUCAGACUAGGAAAACAACUCUAUGAAGCAAAAAAGGCUAUUUUAAUUGAGUGUGUCCAUUAGAUCCAGGAUUGGAACUCUGAUUUUAUGUUUGGUAUAAUGUCUAAUGUUCUUGGCAUCAACUGCUAAGCAAUUAUUUGAGGUAAGGGGAAAUUGCAUUUAUAAUUUGAACACCACGGUAAUAAAUGAAAAGAAAAAGAAAUACUCAGGGAAAGAUGAAGGCAGGAAAGAUACACAGGCUGAUUGUGAAGUGAGCAUGUCCCCUGAACUUAGAAAUAUGGUUAAUAAAGGGUGCUGGCUGAUUGAUUCUAGGAAGACAGCUAAUUUUUCUCUGUUUAGCCACUUUGCAAUAUAACCUGGUGGCUCAGAGCACAGUGUCUGGAGCCACACUGUCUGGGUCCCAGUCCUAACUCUAAUUUUAUGACCUUGGGCAAGCGAUUUGAUAUCUCUAUGCCUCAGUUUUCUUACUCCUAAAAUCAGGAAAUAUAAUCGUGCUUCAUGGGAGAGGUGUGAGGAUUAAGUGAGUUAAUACAGAAUUAAUAUAUGUAAAGCAUUUAGCAUGCUCCUUGCACAGAGUAAGCAGAUAUAUGAGUUUGCUAGCAUUGUUACUAUUAUAUCCUCCCUAAUACUAUUUUUCACGGUGUUAGAUCAAUUCUUAAUCUUAGCAUUUUAUUUAUUCACAAUAAAAGUUACUGCUAUUUUGCUACUAAACACACAUUUAAGCUAUCUUCCCCUCAUUUUCAAUUUGGGUAUAUCGAAUAAUAACAAAAUAAUGUUGACCCAAACAAAAUGGAAUUUCUGUCUACAACCAGUAUUAUAAAUCCUAUUAAAAUAUUUAAAGACAUAUGUACAAAGAAAAUUAUGAAAGUACUUUCUAAAGCUGCUGAUUGUCUUCAAUAGUGACAGUAAUAGUAUAUUGACUAUUUAGAAAUUAAAGUACUGUUAUAUUCCAGCUUAGCCUAUGAGAUCUUGUGAUACAACCUUUGUAGCUCAAACUAACCAAGGUGGCAGAUAAUGUGCGUCACUUUUCACAUUAAGGUAUGGUUCCCAGAAGAACAAACCAACCAAACAAAGAUCCUCAGACUAGGGUCCCAGAGAUGUCAGUUUAAGUUCUAUUUAUAAGACUCACUUGCCAUGGAUCCUUAGAUCGGUCCCUUGGUCCUUCUGUGCCAAUACCUGCCAGCAUUGAGAAUAAGAGGAUCCUGCCACUUGUUAUGUAGCAUAUAUGCAGCAUUCAUCCAAUAGAAUUUUCUGUGGUGAUGGAAAUGUCCUAAGUCUGGCUGUCCAAAAUAGCCACUAGCCCUAUGUAGCUCUUGAGUGUCUAAAAUAUGGCUAAUGUGACUGAAUCUUUUAUUUACUUGUAGUUCGGUUAAAUUUAAAUAGCCUCGCGUGCCUACCGCUUGCAGAAUUGGGACAGUGCAAGAGUGAAAAGAAAUGAGAUUCACUAUUCCCUUAGGACCUAGGUAAUUCUUAAAUAGAUUUUAGAUAAGAGGUCUAUAUUGGAAUUCUUUGGCUAACCAAAGCGUUCACAUGGAAGAUUGUAGAUGACAAGGGAAGGCAUUUGGGGUUUGUGGGUUUGCUUUGCUUCUAGUAGUACUGUGUUGCUCAACCAAACAGCUGGCCCUGUUCUUUCUAUAAUUUGCUCUUGGAUUUAGCCUUCGUCAGUCACCAACAUUAAAAGGACAAGGUCCACAAGUCUGGUGAAUGGGCUUAGAUCUCCCAAUAGCCGGAGGUUACAGUCUUUCUUUCCAUUGCUUGCCCAAGAACACAAAGACCUGUAACACCACGGGCUGAGUAUUUUAUUGGCUUGACUGGAGCGAGGCCAUUAUUAUUCUGUAUUAUCUCCCAGUCUAAAGUAUUCAUUCUAUGAGUAGUUUAAUUUGUAAUUGCAAUUGGGAUUUAAACAGAGUGAGUCAUAGUUUUCUCCUUAACUAGUAAACCAAGACCCGGAGCCAUUGAUACCCACUUUCUAAUGAAGAAUGCUAAGUGUUGUAAAUUUGCUUUUUUCAAAUCUCCCACAGGUACAAAGCAUUUUUCAGUCUUUAUCUUUUCCCUUAUCUUCCUUCUUACUUGCUAAUCUCUCCUGAAGCAAUUCUGUCCUGCGCAGUCAAGUUUGUUGUGCAAUAAUUGUCCUCUGUUUAGAUCUGGUUAAAGAUUGGAAACCUUGUGAAAUGAGUUUGGGGAUUAUCUUCCUCUCAGAUCAUGUCUACAAGGUCUAGCUUUUGUCUUGUGAUACUUAGCUGACAAACUGACAUUAAAAAUACUUUUAUUGUGGGCGCCUGGGUGGCUCAGUUGGUUAAGCGACUGCCUUCGGCUCAGGUCAUGAUCCUGGAGUCCCGGGAUCGAGUCCCACAUCGGG